AUGGCUCAGUACAUUCAAGUGGUAGAGGAUGAAAGCGACGAACCAGUCGAAAUUCCCAUAGAAAAUGAUGGAACAUUGCUGAUAACGACGCUUUCUGCACAAUUUCCAGGCGCAUGUGGUCUUAAAUAUCGCAACCCAGAGAGUGGCGCGUUUCGUGGCAUUCGUCUUGUGGAUGGAGUUCUCAUUCCACCAGAUGGCAUUUCAUCUAUGUGGGGUAAUCACCAGUAUGUUGCGGUUUUUCCAAAAGAAAACAAACGUAAAGGUGAUGAUGGCUUUGAUAACCCUGUGGCAAAAACAAAACGGCUGGAUAACCAAAAAUGCUCUGACCUUAUUAUUCUGGGGUUGCCGUGGAAAAGUACAGAGGAUGAUCUUACAGAAUACUUUCAACAGUUUGGUGAACUUGUACUUGUUCAGGUAAAACGUGAUAUAAAGACUGGUCAGUCAAAAGGUUUCGGUUUCAUCCGAUUUGUCAAUUAUGAGUCUCAGGUGAAAUGUUGUGCCCAGCGCCACAUGAUUGAUGGCAGAUGGUGUGAUGUCACAAUUCCAAACUCUAAGGAUGGAAAUAAUCCAAUGAUGAACCGCAAAAUUUUCAUUGGCCGUGUGACAGAGGACAUCACUGCGGAUGAUUUGCGUAGCUAUUUUAGCAAGUAUGGAGAAGUGGUGGACGUAUUCAUUCCAAAACCACACAGAGCCUUCGCCUUUGUCACAUUUGCAGAUUCUGACGCCGCCCAGUCACUUUGCGGGGAAGACCAUAUUAUCAAGGGUGCCAGUGUUCAUGUCAGCAGUGCAGCUCCCAAGUCCUAUGAUAAGAAUGCAGAUCGCAAACAUUUUGGGCAAAAUGGUGGAGGCUAUGGCCAGGGAGGUGCUAACUACAACCAAGGCGGAGGAUGGAAUCAGAGCCGAGCAGCAGCAACUGCUGUUGCUCCUCCUGGUCCAGUUGGAGGCAAAAUGGUCAGUCCGCCAGAGGCAGCACAAGGAAAUAUUGGCAUGAACCUUCUAAACUCUGCUAUGCUUGCAGCAGCCCAAGCUCUGCUUCAGAACCAGGGAGCUUGGCCUGGCAUAAACCCAGGCCCCAGCCAAGGGGGAAGUGGAGGUAAUAUGGGAAGUGGUGACCACCAACCUCCAGUCAGCAGUCAUACCGGAUUUAAUAAUAUGGGGGGAGGAAAUGUUGGUAGUAGCUCAGGGGGUAAUUGGUGGGGAAAUGAAAACAACUCAUCCACAGGAGGAGGUCAUUAUGGAGGUUGGGGAGGCUCUCAUGGUAGCAGAAGUGGUGGUUGGAGCUAG